AUGACGCGAGCUCGAGCAAAGGCAAUGGUCAUGGAAUUGGUUGGUGAAUACUCUACCAAGCAGUUUCAGGGCAAGCUUGGGGACAUCUUGCAGAAGGAAGCUCAGCAAGGUGAUGUUCCCGAUGAGUUGCCGGGCCGUUGGGCAUUGGCUGAGGAGUGCCAUGCUGACAUUUUCGCUCGCUAUGGCUUUAAGUCUGGCACUGGUGUGGAGCGCCUCCGGCCAAUUGCUUUGAUUCUCGAGAAAUUCCCAGAUCUCGAGGACAAGGUGCAGAAGCUGUGGAAACUUUUGGGCUUGAAGUCAUCGCCCGCAGAUCUACUCGCCAAGGAAGAAGUAGAGGUUUCCAAAGAGCCGGAACCUGCCAAGAACGCGAAGCCCAUUCUCUCCAAGGCAAGGGCUCUGGCCUUCCAGGCGGAACUCCUUGGGGCAUUCUCGGCCCCCUCCUUCCAGAAGAAGCUGGCUGAGCUGUCCCGCAAGCACAUCACAAACUGGCGUGAGACAGAUGGCAAGGUCGAGCUGGAAGCGAUCAUGGAGAAGGCGAAGCUUGAGAUCGCGUCAAGGUAUGGCUACGAGGCAUCGCAGAAAGGCCUGAAGGACCUCGACGGCGAGAUGCAGAAGUUUGACAACGAUGCAGAUGUUUUUGUCAACAACGUCGCCAUUGAGGAGGCCCUCUUCCCCUAUGCUCAAACUGGUCGCACAUUGGUGAUGGACAAGGCGGCGCUGGGAAGGACAGGUUCCAAGCCCACCACGGCCUUCACAGUGGCGAAACUACUGCGCAAACAGCUGGCUGCCUUUAGUAGCCCCAGCUUUCAGCACGGAAUCUCCUGCUUGAAGCGCAGUGCGGAUGUGGAGCAGGCAUGUGAGGGAUACUACCACCUGCGAGGCCGAGCAGAACUUGCCCUGCCCGUUCAGCGCCGCAUUUUGCCGCAGUAUGGCUUCCAGGGAUCUCGAGCCGGUGUGCUGGACAUGGUGAGCCAUUGCUCGCAAUUUAUUUCAGACCCUGAAGUUGCGCAUCUUUUUGAUGAUAUCAACUUGAAGCUGGGGAUGACGCCCAGGGCCUGCGCCCGUUUCCGUGACACAGCGGAGAGCAUGCUAAGCCAGGAGCCAACUUCCUGCCAAAUGCUCCGCUCCGAUCUGCAUGCUUCAGCGGACCUGGUCCACAUCGCUGUCAAGAAGUGA